AUGACCACCUCGUCGCUCAGCUUCAAGCCGUGGGCACGCGACAAUGACGAUAAAACAGCAUUGUCAGAGGUUCUGGCACGCGUCAACUUUGAACGCGGUCACUUUCGCGACAUCAACGAGGCGUCCCUGUUGGAGGAGAUAGCAGCGGAGGGAGAACAUUCAUCAAGCGAGGGUGAAGAAGAGGAAGAUGACGAUCAAGAUGAAGUCGAGAGCAACAACAAAAAACAGCAACCUGCGGCGACGAGGGAAGAGCUGUGGGCGAAGAGGCAUGAAAUGAUCAGGCAUGCUGGAGAUGCACACAACGAUAUCAUGACGGCACUGGACUCGAUAUCGCUUCUCGAGACGAAGUACCUUCCUGCCCAGGCUCGAGUCACAAUGUCUGAGGCGCUCAAGUCAGCUAAGCCUCCGAUGGGCUCCAUGGGUGUGGAUAUCUGGGACCCGGCUGUUAUGAAGCCCGAUCCAGCACGAGUAGCACAGGACAACUUGCUGGCAACCAAAGUCCGGAUGGAGGGACUGCAGCAGAGUGCCGAUGGUCUGCUUGCGGCUGCUGCUCGAUUGCAGAAAGACGUCCGGCAGGAAACAAGCUACUGGGAGGAGAUCCUGUCUGUCGCAGACAAGGGAUGGAGUAUCAGUAGGAUGGGCAGCUCCCAUAUACUCGGUGUUCGUUUCGGGUUCCAAGGCAGUGCGAAGAGAUUCGAGAACAGAGACGUUGCUGCUCUCAUUGGGACCCCAGAUGGUGGUGUUGCACUUGAGCGUGGGGUGGGGACAAAGCCUAAAGCCGUACGAGUGCUCGCGCGAAGGGGAGGCCGCAUUGUUGGAAGCUCGAAACUGCCAGUCGUACUCGAUGAUGAGGAGACGACACUCGAGGCACGCAUCCGUCAUGCUCGUGACAGUGUCUACGAUGAGGAGCUAUUCUACGAAAUGAUCCGUGAGACCAGCGACUUGACCUCCAUGGGCGUUCUGGUGCGAGGCUCCACGAUCCUCUUCCCAGGAUCUGGACAGGACUCCACCCAGCUUGAACUCGAACUGCUACCUCUUGAUCAGGACAACUCGCUACCGCUUGACGCUACUUCAGAAUCAGACUUCCUCGCUCAGGCCACCCUCGUGACUGCCCGACUUCUCUUGGGCCAGGCACAUCGCGACAGGAUGAACGAGAAGAAGGACGUUCCACCCCCACUUGGGACCACCGAAGUCAACACGAAGCAACAAGCACUAUCUAUCCUCCGCACUCUCAUGCUCCUAUCGCAGCACAAAGCUGCCGUCGACCAGCUCAAUGCAUAUGUAGAUAGCAUGUGUAAGCUCUUGCGGAAGCUGGGAGCUUCUGCGGAAAGUCAGAUGGCACACAUGGGCUUACCGGUACCUGCCGACGGCAUUGUCAGCACCGAAGCACUCAUCACAUCACUCACCAGGCCUUUGCUCGCGGAAAGCCACAUCUGGCUGAUCGUCUCCGAUGAAAAGACACUCGAUCUCAAACUCGGCAUCGAGACAUCGAAGGCCAACUCCCUCGGCUCAAUCUUUAGCAUUCAUCCGCCGUCGAGCAAGCGCUUUAUCGUGCCCGAUAUUGAUACGCUUUUGGCAGCAGCAAACGACUUUCUGGCUCUGGGGUUGAGUCAUGUACUGAAGGAAGAAGCUGGGGCAGGCUGGGAGCUCAACGACCGCGACGGUAGACUGACCCGGCCUGACGCUGAGGAUGGGAGGGAUGUGCUGUUGUUCGUGGUCGGACACGAGCCGCCGACGAUUACGCUUCACGCCAAGACUACUGGUGGCAGAAAGCAGGUCGCAUGGAAACUCGACAGUACAGGUGGAGCCAAGAGUUUGAAGGAUGUCUGGCAGGAUCUACUUGAGUGA